UAUUUUGGGAACACCUUCGGCGCAACCAAACAAAGAAAUCUCAAAACGCGCGAAGCAAAAUGGAGAAAGGAAAAGAAGAGAACCUAUCCGAUAACGAGGAGGAAAAUACAAUACCAAUCUGUAAAUAUGGUGCAAAUUGCUACAGGAAAAAUCCAGAUCAUUUCAAACAAUUUUCACACCCUAAAAGAAAACCGGACAUUAUUGUAGAUGCAUCUCCAAGUAAGAAGAGGAAGAUAGAAGAAGAAACAGAUGAUAAAGAGAGGCAGACAAGUGAAGAUAAGGAUGUGGAUGAAGAUAAAGAUGAAGAUAUUUUGGAAUGUCCCCCUACACCUCCAUCCAUGGACAUCAAGGAAGAAAUAGAAUGGAAGUUCAAAGUUAAAAUGCCACAAGACUUUUAUGAUUUCUGGGAGUUUUGCAAAACGCUCAAUGAAACUUCUCCAUGUGAUGCCCUAUUAGCUUUGGAUCUCCAGCUUGUGGGACCAUAUGAUGUUCUUGCUGGUAAACUUGGAGCAAGGAAAAACAAACGGCCGAAUUAUGUUCUACAUUAUCGGUAUUACUAUGACCCUCCUGAAUUCCAGACUAUUGUCAAGGGCGAUGAUGACUCACAGCUUCACCUUGGAUAUUACAGAGACGAACCGAAGAAAGUACCAGUGUUUGUAGCGUCCAAUAAAGCCAAGGUCAACCACCUAAUUACACCGCAAGGAGAGAACUUGUUUGCUGCCACCAAACUUCACCUUGACAAAAUUCUUGAGAAGACCAAGGUCAACCAACAAACGAAAGAGCUUGAAAAGAUUUCAGAGGCAUUGUGUAAGUUUGCUGAGGAGAAUGGCUACAGUCUGGAAUCAAAGACAACAGCUAUGAAAGCAAGAGAGAAGCUUGUGGUUGCAAAGACCUUCCACGGUGCUGGCAUUGUCGUUCCGGUCGAUGAGAAUGACGUUGGGUACCGAUCUAUUCCUGAGACCAAUGCAUGCCUGAAAAAAAUAUUCAAGAAUAUUACAAACAGCAAAGAUGAAGAUGAUAAAAUUAAGAAAUUUGAGCCCCUGCAAGAGCUAACGACGUUAGUUCAGUUUGCCAAUGAUGAGUGCGACUAUGGAGAGGGCUAUGAGCUCGGCCUGGAUCUGUUUUCUUAUGGCGGUGAAGUUUUCCACAACAGCAUCAAGAAUCUGUUAUUGGUUGCAUACCAGUUGCUAGGAAGGGGUGAAUUCGGGGAAAUAUUGGAAGCACACUUAGCCCAAAGGAACACAGAUGACGUUAGUCAGCUUGUGUAAGAUUUUUUUUUAUCCUAGAGAAUUCGGAAAAUUGUCCUUGAAAUUUAUCGAGGACAAUACUUACACAGAUUUUGUUUUUGAUUGACAAUAUAUCAAGGCCCUUUGAUGUACACAUGGUUUACACACCUCGGGUCACAAAAAUUUCUAUAACUUUUAUAUACGUAUAAAUCAUAAAUUUGAAACCGUAUAUCACGGAAAAUAAAUUGCACAAAAUUCUUCUCUGGGCAUAAGCAUAAGCAGAGUGACCCUGAUGAAAAGUGAAAGCAGUUUAUUUUAGUAUUCAUAUUGUGAAAUUUUUCAAUAACCAAUUUUAUUUUCCAUCAAUAUCAAGGUCCUGGAAAACACAGAGAUCAGUUUCCCUAACCUAUGUGAACCCUGGGUACAUUUUGUGAGGGCAUUAGCAGCAGGAUGAAAUUUUAGUUGGUUUGAAUAGAUUGUCCAUAGAAAAGUAUUAUUAAUAUUUGAUAAAUAAUCUUUUAAAUUAGACACCUGAUACCGAAAAUUUCAAGCUUCAUGGGCCUUCGUGACUGUUUCUAGACCCCACUAGAGCUGCUAAGUGGCCCUAUAUUAUUAUAGAUAUUGUAAUUUUUCUAGAGACUAGAAAGGCUACUCAUAUUAUAAUAAAUGUGGCAAAACAACGCAACUUGAAAUUGAGUUAUUUUAAUUUAUUACGCCUGGGGCAAUCAUAUGCAUUAUCUAGCUUUUGCAUGCUCUACGUCAUCGUAAAGAUUAUUGAUAUGAAAACACCAUCUGUGCCAAACUCCAUCAGCUCAAAACAAUUUUUGAAUAACAUUCCGAGGCAAAACAAAGUAUCUUCAUCGUGUAGAUACGUUGAUUUUCCCCCUAAUCUUGCAGUUAUGUUGUUUUACCACGGAAAAUCACUAGAUUUUACCAUGGAAAAUCACUAGAUUUUACCAUGGAAAAUCACUAGAUUUUAAGUUUUGUGCUUAAAAAAGAUAGGUGGUGCUAUCUCUGAAACGACUCGUUGUUGAGACCUGAAAUUUUCAUGAGUAAAGUGUUUAAUAUACUCCCAAAUGAUAUUAUCUCAAAAUUGACAAAAAUGCGCAAAUAAAAUUUUAUUUUUAUUCGAAAUCAGCAAUAUUUGCAGUCGGCAGAUUCGCUAAACAAGGUAUAAAAAGUCUUGUCUUGUCUUACCGGUUGCCAUUUGAGCUCUCUCUGCCCUUCUAUUCCUUUGCUUUAGUAAUAUUUUUGAUCAUUUAUAAAUUUGAUUAAACCCUAAUAAAAAUUUAAUUUUAAAGUGACCUUGUUUCAUGAAACAAAAAAUAUUAUUGUUGAUAUGCUUUUAGUUUUUAUAUAUUUACGUUACUUUUUUGGCUAAUAAAAUUGUUAUAUUUUAAGGU